CCGCCACCGCCUUCCCCUUUCGUCUGCUGAGUCGUUCUCGGGACUCAAGUUCUUUCGAACGGUACAAUAUACUUAAGGUUUCAAGUGAGCUGCCACCGGGAGGCCACAACCUGCCCAACUUACAAGUUGUCUCUAUAACUCUUUGGGCGCUGUCUCGGUACGUGAGUAUUGUCAUGCUACCUCUUGCAGCUCUUCCACGGCUAGGACGUAAGCUUGUCACACGAACGCUACAGACAGUAGCGGCAAGGGACGGUACCGAUGUAGUCAAUAUUGUCGAAGUUGGCCCGCGAGAUGGGUUGCAGAACGAGAAGGCCGUCAUACCGCCCUCCGUCAAGGCAGAGCUGGUCACACGCUUGGGCAGGGCAGGUAUGAAGAACAUCGAAUCAGGUAGCUUCGUCAGUCCGAAAUGGGUACCGCAGAUGGCAGGCACUCCAGAGGUGCUCAGAUCUAUGGAACGACUGCCAGGCGCACACUACCCAGUGCUGGUGCCGAACAUGAAGGGCCUCGACAACCUCUUCGAGUUGCUAGACACCGCGUCAGCGGGCGACGUCCCGUUGACCGACGAGAUUGCCAUCUUCACUGCAGCGACAGACGCGUUCUGCAAGGCAAACACGAACUGCACCAUUCCGAAUCGCUCGAGCGGCUCGCGCCCGUCACCGAGCGCGCCAAGGCAAAGGGGCUGCGCGUACGCGGGUAUCUACGUGAGUGUCGUCGUCAGAGUGCGGGAGAUCUCCCGUGCGCUGCUUGACAUGGGCUGCUACGAAGUCAGCCUGGGCGACACAGUCGGCGCGGGCACGCCUUGGGACAUCCGUGCCAUGCUCGAGACAGUCAUGUCCGGAGCAGGUGCUCUCCCUGCUCCACAGCUAGCGGGUCAUUUCCACGAUACGUAUGCACCGUUGGGUCUACGGACUUUCGAUGCGUCCGUCGCCGGUCUGGGCGGAUGCCCCUACUCGCCCGGCGCGACGGGCAACGUCGCCACGGAAGACGUCCUCUACGCUCUGCAGGGCAGCGGGUACAAGACACCCGGGAACCUUGACGCGCUCGCGGAGGUGGGCGGCUGGAUCUCGGGCGUGCUCGGCCGGCGGAACGAGAGUGGCGAGGAGAAGGACACAGCGAUCGUGAAGGAGAGGGAGAGGGACGGGGGUGCGGCGGAGUCAGUGGCGGGUGUGGACAUCGAUGUUGGCGCGUCGAAGAGGGAGGCGAGGAUCGUCGGAGAGAGGGAGCGGGACGGAGGGGCUGCGGAGCUUCUUUCGGGCAUUGGAGACGUCGACGUUGCGAAGAAACGAAGGCAGGAGAACAUCGCAAAGGAGCGCGAACGAGACGGCGGCGCUGCGGAGAAUUUGUAAUCAUGGAUCUGUGAAGAUCAACCGUCCACUUAUUCGUCCAGGCCAUGUAAUAAUAGCUUGUCGUUCUUGAACUUGCAUCCACAUCCUUGUAACAAUAGCAACAUUGUCUAUCGAUGCGCCCCUCGGUUUGGAUGCUCACGC